UCCACAUGCAUGGCCAUCCCUGGUGCAAAAUAUAAACAAACUUGACCGGUGGAACGCUGUCAUUGCGAUUGCCGCUUUCUAAAUAUGCGUUUGUAUUGUCUCAGCGGGGACUUGGCCAAGCCAUGUUACAUCAUUACCUUCAAGGGCCUGAGGAUAAUGCUGGACUGCGGGCUGACGGAGCAGACGGUGCUGAACUUCCUGCCGCUGCCCUUCGUCCAGUCCCUGAAAUGGUCCAAUCUGCCCAACUUCAUACCCAGUCGGGACCACGAUCCCCAGAUGGACGGUGAGCUGAAGGAGUGCUGUGGCCGGGUGUUCGUGGACUCGACACCGGAGUUCAAUCUGCCGAUGGACAAGAUGCUCGACUUCAGCGAGGUGGAAGUGAUACUUAUCUCGAACUAUCUCAAUAUGCUGGCCCUGCCGUACAUCACGGAGAACACGGGGUUCAAGGGCAAGGUCUAUGCCACGGAGCCAACGCUGCAGAUUGGCCGGUUCUUUCUCGAGGAACUGGUCGACUACAUCGAGGUGUCGCCCAAGGCCUGCACGGCGCGUCUGUGGAAGGAGAAGCUCCAUCUGCUGCCCAGCCCGCUGAGCGAGGCGUUCCGCGCCAAGAAAUGGCGCACCAUUUUCAGCCUUAAGGAUGUCCAGGGCAGCCUUUCGAAGGUGACUAUUAUGGGCUACGACGAGAAGCUGGACAUUCUGGGAGCGUUUAUCGCCACUCCCGUGAGCUCUGGCUACUGCCUGGGUUCCAGCAACUGGGUGCUGAGCACCGCCCACGAGAAGAUAUGCUAUGUAAGCGGCUCAUCCACGCUGACCACACAUCCGCGGCCCAUCAAUCAGUCGGCGCUGAAGCAUGCCGAUGUCCUCAUCAUGACCGGACUGACGCAGGCGCCCACUGUAAAUCCGGACACCAAGCUGGGCGAGCUCUGCAUGAAUGUGGCGCUGACGAUCAGGAACAACGGUUCCGCUCUGAUUCCCUGCUAUCCCUCGGGUGUGGUCUACGAUCUGUUUGAGUGCCUAACCCAGAAUCUUGAAAACGCCGGCCUCAACAAUGUGCCCAUGUUCUUCAUAUCCCCGGUGGCAGACAGCUCCUUGGCCUAUUCAAACAUCCUGGCCGAGUGGCUCAGUUCGGCCAAGCAGAACAAGGUGUAUCUACCGGACGAUCCUUUCCCGCACGCCUUUUACCUGCGAAACAACAAGCUGAAGCAUUAUAACCAUGUCUUCUCGGAGGGAUUUAGCAAGGACUUUCGGCAGCCCUGCGUCGUCUUCUGCGGCCACCCGAGCCUGCGCUUCGGCGACGCCGUUCACUUCAUAGAAAUGUGGGGAAACAAUCCCAACAAUUCCAUCAUCUUCACGGAGCCGGAUUUUCCUUAUCUACAGGUAUUGGCCCCGUUCCAGCCGCUGGCCAUGAAGGCCUUCUACUGUCCCAUCGACACCUCGCUGAAUUACCAGCAAGCCAACAAGCUAAUCAAGGAGCUCAAGCCGAAUGUCCUGGUUAUACCCGAGGCCUACACAAAGCCGCAUCCCUCGGCGCCGAAUCUGUUCAUUGAGCAGCCGGACAAGAAGAUAAUUACGUUCAAAUGUGGCGAAAUUAUACGGUUGCCGCUGAAGCGAAAGCUGGAUCGCAUUUACUUGACCUCGGAGCUGGCCCAGAAGAUAUCGCCACGCGAGGUGGCCGCUGGCGUGACUUUCUCCACGCUAACGGGGGUGCUGCAGGUGAAAGACAAGGUGCACUGCAUCCAGCCAUGUGCAGACAGUGGCACUCAGGACAAUUCCAGCUCGAAUGGCAGUGCGCCCACCAAGGAGGAUGUCUUGAAGAACGUCAAGUACGAGUACGGCAGCAUUGAUGUGGAAGCUGUAAUGAAACGGCUGGCGCAGGAUGGCUUCUCCAACAUCAAGUUGGACCGCACUGGCGGCGUUAUCACACUCAAUCUGGUGGCCGAGGAUACUGUGAUCAAGUUCGAGGACAACGAGACGCACAUUAUCUGCGGCGGCAAGCCCACAACGCGCCUUAAACUACGGGACACGAUCAUGAAAUGCUUACAGAGUUUUUAAAAACAUAAAUAUAUAUUCCUUAGACCUA